UAUAGAUUUUCAGUACUUACAGUAAAUUUCGGAACACAUCCUCGGGUGCAACGGUACACAAACAUGACUCAUUGAAAAUGAAUAAGAAUAAGCAAGUUGUCAGUGGUUUUACUGCGUGCAAAUUGUUCCAAUUCAUUGUUGCUGAACUUGGCUCUAACUAUUAAUCGGCUCUCAUGAUUAUUGCUGUGUUAACACGUGCGACAAAAUCAUAAUUACCGAGUGUAAACACGAGAGCACGGAGGACAGUCCGACGAUGCCGUCGUCGUCGUCCAAAAUGAAUUUUGUGGAUUUUCGUCCACAGAAGGAACUGGUGUAUAACAAAUUAUUGCCCUACGCAAACGAGCUCGACGCGGAAUCGCAUUUAUGGCUUGCCGAGAUCAAGGGAAACCUGGGGCGUGCAAUUAUGCUGCGUGAACUGACGCCAGGAUGUGUCUUCUGGACAAAUAGAUUAAAUCUAUACAUAGAACUCUAUGGGAUGAAGUUUAGUAAAGAAGAUCAUAUAGCAUUUGUGAAAUUAAUGUACGAGCUCGUUACCAUACCGAAUUUGGAUCUAAACCUCAUCAAUAAAUUUUCAGAUACAUUAGUUUUACUAUUGAAGAAAAAGAAAUUAAUUAGUCCAGAUGAAUUAGAACUUCCAUGGAGACCUUUAUACAAUAUGAUGGCACAUUGUUUGCGGCGCAAUUCAAUUGGGAUACAUCGCAAUCUCUCAUGGUUGGAAACUUUGUUACAUUGCGUGAUUAUUUCCGUAAAGACUUAUUUCCCUUUGAACGCUACGCAAGAAAUAUUAGAUGAAUUAAGACCAAAGCUCUGUCCUCACGAUGGAUUAACAAUGUGCACAAGCCUUCAGAUUUUAGAGUGUUUCCUACCGGUACAACUAUCUCCCGAGCAUCAUUCUAUUGGACAUUGGUUGUGGUUUGAUGAGUUUAUGACCAUAUGGAAGGUAUGCCACAAUGGUCCGCAGUGGGAAAACUAUAUGAUGAGAUUAAUGGCAAGAUUAGCGAUUUUUAAUAUUGGGUAUAUCAAUUGGGAGUCACAUGUCCCCUUCAUGUUUACUAUAUUUAUAAGAUGCCUAAAUCUACCAGUAACGUACAAGCAGACACCGAACAAUUUGAAUCACAAGAUUGAAAUGUCGUCGAUAGCCAUAUGGAUAGUGGCGAAUCUGGGAAAUGGUUCAAGCACGCAAAUGUAUUUUGAAAAAUUUGUGAAAACCAUAGACACCUAUUUUUAUCCAGCGAAUUUUGGGCGAUGGAUGGGAAAGUUGAAGGAACUCCUCGUCAAACUUCCGCAUCAUUUUAUCACACGCUUGCACAAAGAGAGAUACGCUAAACCGUCGUGGGAAACUUCAAUCCCCGAUGAAAAUAAAUUAACAGAUUCUGAUGUUGAUGCUUUUGUUAUGACUAUGUUGCCAGUAGUUAUGACGGCUAUGUUCAACAAAUUUUGUAUAAACGAAGCCUGCCAGGCUUUACAGUAUCUAGCUACUAUAAGGCCGAGUUUAGUAAUACCGGACAUGUUGGAAAGGAUGCAGUCUACAUUUGAUUCUUUGACCGAACCGCACAAACUCACAGCUUCGAUGAUUUGUAUGGUAGCUGUUGCUAGACCGAUGGUGCAAGGCUCUAGAAAUAUAAACAAAGGUUAUGUUUAUUCAGAAGGACCGAUGCAUGUGUUACCGCUGUUAUUUUCGUUGUUACCCGGAAUCGAUCCAAACGAUGUCGGGAAAACCUUCGCCACGUUCCGCCUUAUUUCCGUCUAUGCCACACUAAUUCCUAUCGUGGAUUCCUCCAGAUCGACCAUGGUUAUGACUGAGGAGGAGAGGAUAGUUUGCGAGGCGACGUCACGCUUCGAGGAUUUCAUACUGCAGUUUUUGGACCGGGUGUUCAUGUUUAUUGAGUCCAGCUCGUCAGAAAACGUGCGGUUAGAAAACCGCGGCGGCAACUCGAAGAGCAAGCUGGAGUCAAUUGCUGAAAUCGCACUCUCCGGAGUAUGCGCGACCCUCCUACGGGAAAUCAGCGAUACGAUUUUUGAGAGCGCUUUGUACAAGCUGCGCGCAUUUAUGACGGAGCGGAUUCUGGAGACGAAAGUGGCCGGCCAGCUGGCCGCAGCUGUGUACAACAGCUUCUCUCAUGUCAACGGUCGUGACACUCUGCGCUCGCUGCUACCUACUCUUGCACAGACCAUCUUGCUGUUGAUGAACGAGGAGGAUGUUUUGAGAGAGGAAAAUCUAGACCACCGUCUUCUGCACGCUAUGCUCGUGCUAUCCGCGAUUGUCGAUACGCCCGGCAGCAACUUGCUGCCGCACAUAGAUAAGAUACUUGAAAUUCUCGAUCGCGUAUUACUCCUGAAAUCGAUGGAAGGCAACAGACUGGCCUGUCACCUGUUGAAAAGAAUUCUGUCGUCGUUGUCAACCAUUACUCCAUGGCAAUACAGAUCCAAUGAGAGAGACUACAACGAUCCUGAUUAUCCUUAUAUUAGGGAAUGGGGUCAGAAUGUAGAUCUUGAUAACUUCUGUAUCAAGUGGUAUAUUCCUGGAGAGGAAGAGAUCGCCACUAUACAACGAAUAUUUUCGAGAUACUUGCCAGUUCAAAUUGAUAAACUUACUAAAUAUUGCAAAGACACUAGCAUAUUUUACAGGGAGGAACUAUUAGCUAGUUUAAAUAUCGUAUGCAGUAUUAUCAGAGGCUCUGAAUCUGUGUUACCAGUAUGGUCAGAAGAGUCACUCGAAUUAGUCAAGUCUUCCAUGACAUGGAAUACAUCUAUAACGUCCACGUGUGGAAUGAAAGGACAUGUUACGAUGCCUGAUGGUAGCAAUGUUAGACAGUAUCUCACUGGAAUCAUGAGGGAUGUCCAACAGGCAAUGCUUGAGAAUGCCGAGGACAAUACGAAGAGUUUCUUUGGACUAAUACGGAUCUGGACCAGUCUAUUAUUGGGAAAAAUACGAUUGCGUGAACGCGACGCACGACGCAAGAGUUUCCUGAUUCUUAAAAAGACAUUCGAGGACAGACUAGUAGGAAAUAAAAGUCACAUAGCUUCGGUUAUGAUGGACCGCUGCAAUAUCCAACAUGAGCUCAGACUAAUUACGCAGUCAGUCGCGCUUACGGAAACUCACAAACUAAUAAUACUAGAACUCUUUACUCUGGCUGUAGGAAGAUAUGCUGAUGUACGCUCCAAAGCUCAGGCUAUUCUCAUCACCGCCUUACAAAAUUUUCCGUAUUCUUAUACACUUAUAAUGCCGCGUCUUAUUGAUAUUUUAGGAAGAGAUACCGACGAAUAUCACGAUGCAUAUAAGGGUGUUCUAUAUUUGUUGCUUGGCUCACAACAUUCCUCCAUCAUCACACAAGGAGAUUUGAAUGUUAUGGUGUCAUUAGGGCCAGCCAUUGUGCUUUCCAAACCGUCCGAAAAGCUCUCAGUGAUUCGCUUAAAACAGGGCAUCGUAGACACUAUAAAUAAAAAUUUUUGUUUGAAUACACUCGAGCUCAAGAUAUCCGACACGUGUCUAGCAGCUGCACGCACAUUAUGGAAACAUUUACCACAGCCGGCUCUGCCGCAGCCUGACCAAAACGAAAUAGAAGAGGGUGCGCAGAAACUGAAACAACUCAAUCGGUCUAAUUUGGCGGCGUAUAAUAAUCUACUCGACGAGCUUUUGCGUUGUAUACUCGAGGAACCUCUUCAUUGGCGGCACAGAUUAAUGGCGAUGACCUUCAUAAAAGAUUUAGUGCAUCCGAAUCAACCCUACUCCGCAAAAUUAGUACGUUACUUUUUGCAAGCACUUAUACACGAUUCUUUGGAGGAGAGGAAGAUCGCUACCAGAGUAGUGACGUUUAUGUUGAAGCAACAAAAACGAAAGCAUAUAAAGGUAACGAUUGAUGUAUGCAGCUUUUUUAAUGAAAGCACGGAAAAAAACGAAGAAUCGCGAAAUGUCAUGCCCGGUGUAAGAGCUGACAAUGCCUGGCUUCAGUACAAUUACAAAACUCGUCCCUUAACCGCUGAACAGUGGGAUGAGUCCAGAUACAUUCACCAGCCGUAUAUUGGUUAUUACGGUUGGCCAAAGACUCUAGAGGUGUAUGCGCCCUCAUCCCAGCAACCCAGUCUCGACCCGGAGACACGUGAGCUAACGGAUUGUGAGCGGGAGGUCUACACCUUUUUCAACAAUUCGCAAAAUAUCGAGAAACUCAUAAACUUUUUCAGCUUGGAAGAAAAAAAGGGCAAGGAUAAGUUUAGCGCGCUACGGUGCUUCCUGUUCAAGGGCUUGUUCCGCAACCACGGGAUCGUCCACUUGAAACACUUUUUGCCUCAUCUGCAGCGGCUGGUAGCGGAUAAACACGAAAGUAGCCAGCGAUGCGCCGCGGAGUUUGCGGCCGGGAUUGUGCGAGGCGCUAAGCACUGGCCGUUCCAGAUGACGUGCGAUUUGUGGCGGGCAUUGUUGCCAAUCGUGAGGACCGCGAUCGCGAACCUUACGGAGGAAACCGUUGUUGAUUGGGGCGUGUGUUUUGCGACGAUGCAACAGCACCGGGAUCCAAAUCGGCACCACUGGCUACUUGAGUGCCUGAUGGAAGAACCGCCGUUGAAGGAUUCGUUUGUUGAGUGUGGCCGUCUUUAUGUACUGCAGUCUGCUCUGGCUCAGCAGUCCUGGCGAGUGACCGAGCUGAUGCAACGCCUGCUGAGACGUCUUGAAAAUCGAUUACUCACGAAUCCUUUCCAGAACGUCCGAGAGCGGCUAGGUUCUGUGUUAGUCACCAUCUUCAACGCUGAUCUAAGGUUCCCGUACAUUGCAACUGACACCGUAACCCCGCGAACGCAAACUUUAAUCGAUAAGAUUGUUCCGAAUCUGGAGCAGCUUGUAAAAGGCAACGAUGCGAUUAAUCCAAGCAAUCUUGAUAAGGAAGAGAAUUUACUGAAGAAAGUGGCUGACGUCUCGUUUGAUGAGUCAAAGGAAACAUCGGGAUCCAAGACGGAGGAGCAAGCAAUGCCUAUAAGAAUGCUGAAGACCGUUUGUAAGUGGAUCACGAUCAGUCUGUCUCCCGCGCACUACACUACAACGCCGGGAUUUUACCGAAUAUUUCCGAUCAUAUGUCAGUUGGAAAGCUCGGAAGCAGACGAGGAACUCAACAAAUCGUGUUUGCGCACUUUGGCGACGCUCGCACAGGCAUUCACGUUGCCGGAGGACAUGUCGAUGGCAUUGACUGCGGUGAAAAUCGUAUCCGAGCACUCAUCUUGGUCUACCAGAUUUUCUAGUCUGGAAUUUCUCCAAGUACUGAUCUUUCAUAAUAUGAGUAUAGUUCUCAGCGACGUAUCUUGGGUUAAUAGCGUUAAAGAUAUUGUUCUGUGCUUACUGGAAGAUAAUUGUGUGGAAGUUAGGGAGAAGGCAAGUCAAGUGCUCGGCGGACUGUUGCACUGCACAUUUAUCACAGACCAAGAGGAGUUACUGGAAAGGUUCAAGAAAAAAGCGAAAACUCAAUUGCAAAAUAAAAAUAGUUUUACCAAUCAUCACGCGUUAGCAAACAAGAACGAAGCGAUACGCAUACGUCAUGGUGGUGUGCUCGGAUUGUGCGCUUUCAUUCAAGCUCAUCCAUAUGACGUACCCAAAUAUGUGCCUUUAGUUUUCGAACAUCUUGGCUCUCACAUGAAUGAUCCGCAACCAAUACCGAUGACAAUAAGGAAAACUUUAAGCAAUUUCAAACGAACGCAUUACGACGGUUGGACAGGAAUGAAAGGACACGCCCAGUGCUUCACAGAAGAACAAUUGGCUGUUUUGCAAGAUUUAACGGUGCCACCACCGCAUUAUGCUUAAUUGUGGAUGAAAUAUUACAACUUAACAAUAUGAUAAUUACAGAAUUGAUUGUUCUAAUGUUGACUAGAAUGAUAUUCAUGAAAAAUGUAAUGUGAUUAUUAAAAAUUCAGCAUGCAAAAUUUGACAUCUGACAUUUACCUUAUAUACUUAUAUCACAAAUAUACAUACUUAUUUUUUGUAUAAUUUUACAAAUAAUUAUUUGAUAAAGCACAAAUAUCAUAAUA